AAUAGUUAAGAAAAAAAACAAAGGAAACAAACCACAAUAACAAAAAUGGAAGCUGAGAAAACACCACCGACGACGACGACGACGCCGGCGACAACGACGACUGAGAAGAAAACUGGGCCAGAAGUGAAAGACAACGACUUACCAACUAAUAGCCCUUACAUGGCGACGGGUACUUUGGAAGAUUACAAGAUGAAAGCUUAUGGAGCUGAAGGACAUCAAGAGCCUACACCUGGUCUAGGUGGUGGCUCCACUGAUGCUCCUACUCCUUCAGGCGACGCACCUGCCGCCGCCACCACCACUACCGGUGCUAAAGCUCCGUGAAAUAAAAGAAAGGCUAAUAAAAUAAUUAUUGGGUUUAGUGGAUCGUUAAAAUACCCAAAAUUGUAGUAUCUUCAAUAACUGAUCCAGCUUCCUUUUGUUCUUAACUUUUUUAACGGGUUAAUUAAAAAAUGUCUUUGCUUGUAAUAAUCACCGAGUUUUAUAAGAUAAACUAUAUUGAUCAUUUGUUUUGACUAUGAAU